GAAGAGAAUAAUUUAAUGUCUUAGUAAUACUUGAUAUAUGUGACAUCUAAUAAUUGUUUUUCACUAUCUUAUUUUAUUUUUCUUAUUAACAGUGUAAAACAAUGGAUGACCUUCUUUUCAAUUUUAUUAUUUAUUUUUUUUAAAAUUAAUUUUUUAAUUUUGGUUAAAAAAAAUGAAACUUUUGUAUAUAGUUGUCUGGGAGAACAAACAUAACAUCAACACUAGUUUCAGUUUCAGAGCAUCAAUCUUCUACUCUGACUCUCUCUUCUUCUCCCAAAUUCUUUCCUUCUCCCGAAUUCUCAAAAAUGUCUAGAAAGUUCUUCGUCGGCGGCAACUGGAAAUGCAAUGGAACCACUGAGGAAGUGAAGAAACUUGUGACCAUGUUGAAUGAAGCCGAAGUUCCCUCGGAAGAGGAAGUGGAGGUGGUUGUCAGCCCUCCAUUUGUAUUUCUUACUCUGGUGAAAAAUUUAUUGAGGCCUGAUUUCCAUGUGGCUGCACAAAACUGUUGGGUGCGAAAAGGUGGUGCUUUCACGGGUGAAAUCAGUGCAGAUAUGCUUGUCAAUUUGGGUAUUAACUGGGUCAUCCUGGGUCAUUCAGAGAGAAGAGCCUUGUUAAAUGAGACAAACGAUUUUGUUGCGGACAAGGUAUCACAUGCGCUCACCCAGGGCCUGAAAGUGAUAGCUUGUGUAGGUGAGACUUUGGAGCAGCGUGAAGCAGGAACUACAAUGGAGGUGGUUGCAGCUCAGACAAAAGCUAUUGCUGACCGCAUAAUGAAUUGGGAUAAUGUUGUUGUGGCUUAUGAACCAGUCUGGGCCAUUGGAACUGGAAAAGUUGCAACUCCUGCUCAGGCUCAGGAGGUUCAUUUAGAACUGAGGAAGUGGCUCAAGGAGAAUGUCAGUGCCCAAGUUGCUGAAACAACCAGAAUUAUUUAUGGAGGCUCAGUAAAUGCAGGUAACUGCAAAGAGUUGGCAGGACAGCCUGAUGUUGAUGGAUUUUUGGUCGGCGGUGCUUCCCUGAAGCCGGAGUUUGUAGACAUAAUCAAGUCUGUUACAGUGAAGAAAGGUGCUUAAUAUUGAUCCAGUCUAAUUUCGGAAACCACUUCUAGAUAUUUUUGCUUUUAUUAGGUGUUCUUUUGCCUCAAGUUGUGCUUCUUUUUCGGUCAAUAUGAAUGUAUAAGCUUAAGUUAUUUUCUUCGCCGUUUGUUCAUAUUGUGUGAAACUACGGUGUGUGUUAAUUAGAGAUCAAGAUCACAAUAACAUGAUAUAGUAGGUGGAAUUCUCUUGCCAAUAACUUACUCCAUCAGAAUCAAAUCUCUUGUGUCUGAAACGAGGAUUAAAAGAAAGUAGUCAAGAGUUGCCAAAGUUGUCUUAAUUAAUAUUAUGUCCUCGUGAUUAAAGCA